AUGCUACCUAUGAAACAUGAAUUUACAACCAAAUAUAGAAAAAUACGGUCACAAGGUAGUAUUCAUAUACAGAGGGCGUUAAACUUUGACGAUCUAAAUGAAGCUGUACGUCUUCAUAGAUCCCAACGUACGUCGUCUAAAGCAUUUUGGAAGGUAGUUCCCAAAGAUUCAUGCGAAGUUUAUAGAGCUAGAAAGAAAAGACAACUAGAAAAGGAACGUAAAAUACAAAUCGAAAAACGCGAAAGUAAUCAUAGGAAAGAAAAGAAAAUCGAAAAGAAAGUAUCGAAACGAAAAGAUAGUAAAAGGAAACAACGCAAGGCUACACGGAGACGGACAAAAAGAAGAAAGUGUUGCUGUUCUGUAACAGUUUCCCUUGAUAGUGGAAUUUCUCUCUGUACGAGUUGCCGUCACAUGGAUUACGAAUAA